AUGGACCAGAAGGUUCUGAAGAGACUGGUGGACUCCAUCAGUAAGAGUGUCAACUUCAAAAAGAGUGAAAUAGAGUGUCUCAUAAGAAUUUUUCACAACGUGGUGGGAAGAGGUGAUAUGAAACUUGCUAACGCUGGACUAGAUCGUAACGCAUUUCGAGUGAUCCUGCACAGCAUAUUCAGAAUGACUGAUGAUGUGCUAAUGAAUAGGGUAUUUUUUGCAUUUGACAAAGACAACGAUAACUACAUAAACGUGAAAGAGUGGGUUAAAGGGCUAUCAGUGUUUCUUCGAGGGACUUUCGAAGAAAAGCUGAAGUUUUGUUUCGAAGUUUAUUAUUUCAAUGGUGACGGUUACAUUUCUCGAGAGAGAAUAUAUGACAUGUUGAAGAACAGUCUGCACCAACAGUCACCUGAAGAAGAGACUGAUGAAGGAAUAAGAGAGUUGGUAGAUAUAGCAUUGAAGAAAAUGGAUUAUGACAACGAUGGCAGGAUAUCUUUUGCAGAUUUUGAAAAAGCAGUGAAAGAAGAUAGACUUUUGUUGGAAGUGUUUGGACCAUGUUUACCGGAUGCAAAGGUACAGUGGCAGCAGCGAAUUGGUUUGGGGGAAAUUUUCAAAGGAUCUGAAAAGAAAUACUUGAUAGACACUUACCUCUACAGGGUUCCAACCUACUGCUGA